CAGUUUUAUGUAAAUUGAAAGCAACAAAUUCUCAGUUGACUCAUUCUUGGCUAGAUCCCAUCAAUUACAAAUCACUGUGAUUUGUUUGUUUGAUCUCUCAUUUCUCAAUCGAUUCCGUCGAAUUCAUCAACACUGCUGCAUUAUUGUCGAAGAUCAAAAGCUCAUAAUCUGAAUUCACCCAAUUCAGAUUCACAAUCACUUCGAAUUUCACUUCAUUCGACCAAAUUCCCAACCGGGCUUCGUCAAUUCCCCAACUUUUUCACUCCCAACAUUGCGAAUUCCUCAUUUAUUGGUGUUGAAAUUUGAAAAGGGCAUGCUUGAAAUUCAUGGUGCCACUGUUGUUUUUCUUGAUUUGUUGCACACAUAUGCACUAGGUUCUUGGAUUUGAUUCAUCUAAUCUAUGAAGCCAAGUUAUUCAUUUGGAGCUAGCAAUAGUCCCAAGUCAUUCCAAGCAUAUCCAAGGAGGGAUUUUGACUUGGAAUCUGGGAUUCCUAAGAAAUCACGAAAGCCAAAAAAUAAUCUCUUGAGAAUGAUCAAAUCACUAGGAAAUAGGAUACAUCAUUGUGUUAAACUCCACCCCCUUUUGCUGGUGUUCUUGAUUUUCUUGUCAAUUGGCGUUGCUGUCCUGAUUUUGUUCUCGGUGUAUGAUGGAGGUGUGAGGAUGAUGUCUUCUUAUGGGGUAGUGGAUAGGAAUGCAGAUAGAGAUAGUUACCCUUUUGGUAGCUUGAGGAAUCUUGUGAUGGUGGCCGGGCAUUCGGUUUACACGAGUAGUAGCUGCGAGAAAGUGGAUAAGGAGGAUGCUUGGUAUUUGGAGCCGUAUCAGAAGCAUCCGGGGCAGGCUGCAACGUUUGUCACGCAUAUUGAGAGGGGAGUGGAGAUUGCAGCCAAGGAUGAUGCAGCAUUGCUCUUGUUUAGUGGGGGUGAGACUCGGAAGGAAGCUGGUCCACGGAGCGAAGCUCAGAGUUAUUGGACCGUGGCAGAGUCCAAGCAAUGGUUUGGCAAACGAGACAGCGUGCGAAGUAGAGCGCUUACUGAAGAGCAUGCUCGAGAUAGCUUCGAGAAUCUUCUGUUUAGCGUGUGUCGCUUUCGAGAGCUUACGGGCACUUAUCCACACAACAUUACUGUCGUAGGUUACGACUUCAAGGAGGAGAGGUUCGUCCAUUUACACCGUUCAGCGAUUAGGUUUCCGGAAUUCCGGUUCCUGUAUUCAGGCACGGCGUCCUCUCAAAACUCAAGAGAAGCUGCACUAAAAGGCGAAGCACUGGUGAGGUCUCAGUUCCAAGAAGAUCCUUAUGGUUGUUUAGGCGCGUUGAGUCGCAAAAAGCUCGGGCGCGAUCCCUUUCACCGGUCGAUCCCGUACCCUAAUGGAUGCCCGGAAAUCAAGGGGUUGUUCAGUUAUUGUGGAACUGCACCAUUUCCUGGCUGGCUGCCUUGGGCUUAAUAACUUAGUCUUAUAAAUUUUUUUGAGUUUACACAACAUAAGAUGCUGCAUAGCUGAUGAUCACUCCACUCUUGUUGUAAUUAUUGUAGAGAAAGAACUAAGAGCAUCAUUAAUCCCGGCCCAGUUUCAGGCCCCAAGUCCCUCCACGUCAUCAUUCCCCCAAA